UUUGGAUAUUGUAUUCGAUGUUUCCUAUGUAAUCUUUCAUGUUCCAAAUUUGAACUUGGUUUUGCUGUUCAGAGUUAAUUAUCAGCUACCCUUUUGCCAAUUGCUUAGUUUGGUGGCAUUUGUUCGGUGAAUUUGGAUCUUUUUAUAUCAAAGUUUUUUGGGUCAGCAUUGUGUGCUCAUGGUGGUGAGGUUUAACCCUUUUUGUCUCAGACUCUCUCAUCAACCUCAGAACAUUGUAUAUUUCUCUAAACAAGUGACAAUUAAGUGCAAUUAUGGGAAACACAUGAAAAGGGGUGAACUUGGAAGGCCCCAGAUAGUGUUGCCUUCUGGUUUGGGGAACAGUACUGAAGGGUUGCGUGUGUUUGUGGUGUCCGAUUUGCAUACUGACUAUGCUGAGAAUUUGAAAUGGGUGGAGUGUUUGUCCUCUGUGAAGCUCAAGAAUGAUGAUGAUGUGCUUCUCGUGGCAGGUGAUGUGGCAGAGACAUAUUCCAUGUUUGUUGUCACAAUGUCUCGUUUGAAAGAAAGGUUUAAGCAUGUCUUUUAUGUUCCUGGGAAUCAUGAUCUUUGGUGUCGUCGCGAGGGGCAAAAUUAUGUUGAUUCUCUUGAAAAGCUGAAUAAAUUGCUUGAUGCGUGUAAGAGAAUUGGAAUUGAGACAAAUCCGAUGGUUAUAGAUGAAUUAGGAAUCAUUCCUUUGUUCUCUUGGUACCAUGAGAGCUUUGACAAAGAGAAGGACAUAACAGGCUUUCGUAUCCCGUCUUUGGAGAUGGCAUGUAAAGACUUCUAUGCCUGUAAGUGGCCCAAGGAACUUUCAAAUGGAGAUAUGUCCCUGGCUUUACAUUUUGAUGCCAUGAAUGAUAAACAAAUGGAAGUGAUAAAAGAGAUUCAGAUGACAUGCAAUCACAUCAUUACCUUUUCUCACUUUGUUCCCAGGCAGGAACUUUGUCCCGAGAAGAGGAUGUUAUUUUAUCCCAACCUUCCAAAAAUAAUUGGUUCAGACUCUCUUGAACAUCGAAUAAGGUUUAUACAUGGGGCUAAGGGAAGGAGGAAUGCAUCUUCUUGUCAUGUGUUUGGUCAUACUCACUUCUGUUGGGAUGUUGUUAUUGAUGAUAUCAGAUAUGUACAAGCACCCUUAGCAUACCCAAGGGAAAGAAAGAGAAGAAUGAAUGGAGGUGAAAAUUGGCUACCAUUUUGCCUUUAUGCUGACAAGAAAUUUUCUGAUAGGCUCAACCCUUGCUAUUGGUCUGAUUAUUACUCUGCCAACCCCAGGACGCCAAAUAAUACUGAACUUGCUCCUUGGGUCGCUAGAUUUUACAAGAAAACAGAAAAUAUAGAUGUCUAGUGUUUGACUAUUGACAUUAUUAAGUUAGAUUCAUUCAUAAUUUUUUGGAU